AUGGCCAAUCCUGUUUUGGGCCGUCAUGUCCUCUCUCAGGUUUCUCUCUAUAUCACCUUAUUAUUUAAGAGCCAACGAAGACCUUUGCAAAUCGUUCAGUGUUGUGAUGUUUCAAAUUUUUCUCUUUGCAAUUUCAAAACGAAUAAUGUAAGAGAUUUUUCUAUUACCUCUGAUCUAUUGGCAAAAAGUAAAAAUCGUGGCGAAAAGAAACAGAAGACACAACACAUUGAUUAUAAUGAAUUUGAACAAGUUGUUGAUGUUAAUAAAUUAAUAUCUCAACUGGAUAAUGCAAUUGAAAAAUUAAAAGAUGAUUUUAUUCAACAUUUGUCAGUAAGAUCAAAUGUAGGUGCCAUUGACAUGUUGUCUGUCAAAUUUGAUGGCAAAGAUUUCACAUUGCAAGAGCUUGCAAAGAUCAGUCGUAAGCCUAAAUUGAUAGUGCUGAAUGUAUCUACUUUUCCACAAGCUAUUCCAGAUAUUCUAAAAAGCCUUACAAAAAAUCAAAUGAAAUUAAAUCCACAACAAGAUGGAACCACAAUUUAUGUUCCUAUUCCUAAAGUAACAAAGGAGCAGAGAGAAAUAUUAUCUAAAAAUGCAAAAAGCUUUUAUGUGAAAUGUUGUGACAACGUUAGACAGGUACGCAAUAAACAAAUUAAGGCAGUAAAGCAAAAGGAAAAACUAGCUAAAGAUCUAGUGUUCAGAAUAGAAAGUUACAUAGAUAUUCUUAGUCAUCAAUAUACGAAUAAAGCUGAACAAAUGUUGGAAACUAAACAAAAAGAGUUAUUAGGUGAUUCUGAAUAAAUUUGACUUUAAUAAUUAGCAAUUUUGAA